AUGGGUGAAAAAAAUGACGACUGGGCCUCUGAGAGAAUAUCAAUGACUCAUUUAGGAAAUUUGUCGAGAAGCAGUAACUAUGUGCGCAGUUUGGUGCGCCAGCAAUUUCAUCAACAGUCAGAUCAGCCAGCUACUGCUUGGGCGAGACUUCGUGAGAGGUUGGCCAAGACUGGACAGGAAUCUUUUGAAUCUAUCGAUUCCGAAGAAGGCUUUCAGAGCUUUAUGAAGAAAAAACAGAGCGAGAAAACUUCCAGGUCUGAUAGCGACGGAAACAGCGGAGAUGAAGACGAAGAAGAAGAGGAAGAAACGUUUGUUUAUUUGAAAACGGCCAGUCCUGAAAAGAGAUUUUCAACAUCAGUCGAUAACAAAAAGAAUAAAGCUCCUGAGAAGUCGCCGCCAAGUUCUCGUUGCGUUCCGUCUCCGUCCACGCGGCGUUUGUCAGCGCCUCAGACACCGUCCACUGGGAUAGAAACUGAAAAGAAGUACACCUUCGGUUCCACAGACGCUCAUUCCCAAAUAUUAAACCGUAGGCUUUCACUGGCAGAGAAUGUCAUAAAAAAUUACAGCAAGUACAUACGGACGCCUGAUGAAGAUCAGCCACAGGAACGAACCCCGAGGAUUAACAUCGAGGACGAAGGCGCUGGUACCGAGCGAGAGCAAACAAGUAAAAAGCCGAGCAUAGUGGCAAUCACUGAGGAGGAAAGUUCGACGCUUACGGAUGUCAAACUUGUUGAUAGAGACGAAAGCCCCGUUAUGUCGUCUUCUGUCAGUCAUUUGGUUAUUCCUCAGGGAUCGUCCUAUACAGUCCCGCCAAGUCCAUCUGAUGAAAGUGUAAAAUCGUUCUUUAAUGGCCCGGCGACUUUACGAAGGAAUUCUUUCUCUGGAAUGUUUUCUGAAGAGCUUUCAUUUCACCAAAGUGGAACCGAUACUACUUCAAAAGCUACGAAGGAGAAACUUUCCGCGAAUAAGUUGCCCAGGAUUUCACAAACCAGUCAGGGAAGAAGGGAAGUUUCUGCAAACAGUCGAGAGGAAGCCAUCAAAGAGUUAAAGGAAAAUCACAAGGAACUGACCAAGAACAAUCUGUUAAAGCAAAGUACUCGUAAAAAAGAGACAUUUUAUCAGCAGCUAAAGCGCGACCAGGAAAGACGUGCUCUACGGUCGGAAAUUUUUAAUCGAGAAAUGGAGGAUAUUAGGAAAGCACUCAAAGGAAUAAACAGCCGAUUGGAUGAGAGAAUAAAAAUUCUGGAUUGCUAUGAUCCGCCAAAGAUGAAUGUCAAACUACAUCGCAUCUUGCAGGUAGCUUUGGCGGGCAUACCUUUUUCAAAAUGA